AUGUAUAUAGUCCGGGCAAUCACAAACCCCAACUUCCAAGAGCAACAUCUACCAUGGGAUCCUCCACAAGAUUUAAUCCAGACGUUUGGCGACCCAAGACGCCAGAAGAGUGCCCCCUCUCCUCCGAAAAAGAGUCGACGAGUGGAUGGACCCUCCCGGAUUCGAAAAUUACGCUAUGAGACUGUAUAUCUUUGGAAUCAUUUAGAAGCUCUCGCAACAUAUUACUCUCGAAAGAAAGUCCAGAGUGACCCGGACUGGAUGACUUUGCGAGAACUUUUUAUUGAACUUACACACAAAAAAAAUAUUUGGCAGUCCUGGUAUUCUUGGUGCUUAUUCAGCCAAAGCCGAGGUAAAGACCUCAAAGUUGACGCCAGUGGCGAUCACGGUUUUUAUCGGCAUUACCAGAUCCCCGUUUCGCCUCUGUGUGCUCUCCUUCGGCUUCCAGGGUGCGAAUAUCUCAUAGAACUGUAUUGUUAUGCGGCUGGCUGGCCCACUAAAAACUUAGUACACGAACCCCAUAUGGUAUUCACAGACCUUAGAAGUAGAGAUUAUAAUCAGCUUUACAGGUUACUCUCAAAUCGAAUGCCACGCUUUGAUAAUUGGGACGCGCCAGACUCUCUAAGUCUUUGUGUCGUGAUAUCGUGCAGCGAAUCUUUGGGAUUCGGGAAUGGGACCCUAUCCGACAGCCAAAUAUCUGAUGCGCUUCGAUUUUUUACGAGCAAUUCAUCUGUUCAGUUGACGACAUCAGCGAUAAUGACGGUCCUCCUAACGCUCCCCUUUCUUGAUAAGUACGAAAAGUUGGUAGAUGACGCCGUAUUUGGCAGGUUUCUACUAAAACCACCACCCAGUCUCCUUGAUAUCCUAAUGCUAAAAGAUUCUGAUGUGCAAUCGGUGUCAGCGAAAAGGGAUGCGAUAAAAGCGUUUGAAAUAUUCUUUGUAGAAGCGGUGCAAUCGUUCAUCGAAACUGAGUCGGAUUAUACCUAUAGAUUUAAUAGAUGGAGGGUUUUGAGGCUUCUAAUCGCCAGAGGCGCACCAUUUGACCCGAAUGCCGACGGCGAUGCCAUAUUUUCGUGUUUAGUAAAGAAGAUAAAGCUAACUCCCAACUUUAGCACGUUUAUGGAACACGAUUUCAAUAUCUUCGAAGACUUGUUGGACCUAGGAUAUGGAAGUUCUAAGUCUGCGAGCAAGCACUUGUUUGCUGUAGCCAGGAUUGGUUAUCUUAACCUGUUCCAGAAGCUGAUAAGGGGGAACCCUGGGAUCUUGAACCAAGUCGAUAAAUCGGGGUGCUCCGUCAUGCACGUCCUAUUCCAACGAGUUGACAAUAGGAUGAAGAUAUUCGGCAACCUUGAAUCUUUGUUCAACGAAAUUUAUACAAUCCAACCAGACGACGACGAACUAGGCCAAACUGCACUGCAUACACUUUGUUCUCAGGAUAACGUUCUCGACUAUCCAGAUGGUCAUUUCGAUAACGAACUUUGGCAUACGCACUUUAGGCCCUGGUAUUGUGAUAUCAGCGAUAGCAAAGUUGAAAACGAUCUUUUAAUCCUUCAGAAACUUGAGUCCGCUUCUAUUGAUCUGAAUUCUCGGACGAAGAGCCUCGCAACGCCACUAGCAAUGGCGCUUCAACAUCAAAGGCCCUCAUUUCUAUUACAAUUUCUCAAUGUCCUUCAACAAAGGAACGAACCAAAGGAAUAUCAUUUUUCAGUCAUACUGUCUUGCGACAUCGACCAUCGAAAUAUUUUACACUAUGCGGUGGGCCGUGGCAGCUUAAGAUGCGACAAGGAGCAAAAGGAUUUAAUUGAGGUAAUAGAGACUAUAUUUGCAUCUCUCAGCGAAGAGCAACAGCAGCUUUUGUUAAACGGUCAGAAUCUUUCUGAUGGUUUCACACCUCUUCAUGCAGCCGCAAGCCAAGGGUAUAUUCAUCUGAUCAGGUUCUUUCUCCGUUAUCGUCCCGACGUCAAGCUUGAAUCUACAGAGGGAUUUCCGGCGAUUCACUAUUUGGUUGAUGGAAGAGCGUUCGAGAAAGCUAUGACGAGUGAAUGCUCCCAUCGUCGGAUACCGGCCACAGAGACCCCUACAGUUCAUAGCGAGGCUAGAGAUGUCAUAGAAGGCGAGGACGUUCUAGUUUCACUACUUGGAGACAUCCAAGGGACAGAAAAAUAUGCUAGGAUGUUCGCGAAUCUACAAUGCCUCGUACUACAAGGGAAUUGGGAAGACCUUCAUGAAAUAUUAAAUACGAGAGGCGUUAACCCGCUAUAUGAAGAUGACAAUGGAUGGAAUAAAUUUCAUAUGGAGACCGUCUAUAAUGAGGUUUGGAAUGAGUCUACCAAGCCCGCGCUCGAUAUGGGGCCUCUUCCAACCCCUUCAAGGUUGGAAUACCACUGGGAAGUUGGGACGGGCAAUGUUAAGCUCGAUUCAGACAAACUUAGAAUAAAAUGCUUUGACAGGUAUGCGCCCAACGAUGCAUCCAUAUUUCUAGCUGACAAUUUCAUAUCUCCCGUGCCCUCGCGAUUCUACUUUGAGGCAACUCUCACGUCAAAACCUCUAUAUUCUUAUACCGAAGAAUGGACUGUGGACUUUGAGAUUGGGCUAAUGGCCUCACCAUUCGAUACAAAGCAAUGGCCGUAUAGGGAUAGCAGACUAACAGUUUAUUGGAAUUCCGCUGGUCGGUUUGUAUACAACUAUGCUGAGUUUCCGACGGCCCGAGUAUGGGACUGGGAGUUUCCCAACUACCGCUUCAGUGGCGUUUUAGGCGUUGGAUUUGAUUAUCCCACGGGGAAGAUCUAUUUUACUCGAGAUGGCCGUCUAGUUGGGGCCAUUUGCAAAGUUUCCAAGCGAGCUCGAUGGAGGCCCGGUAUUCGCUGGCCAUAUACAGGACCGGCGGAUAUGAGUUUAAAUUUUGGCUCACGCAGUUUUAAAUUUCUUGACUGGGAGGCACCCAUUGAAGAGAUUGAGGCUAUUUGUGAGCAAAGAAAGGAGGAGAGGCUAAAACCUAAGCGAGAGGAUGAAGUUUAA